GGUUCUUCAGCAGAGAGCUGCCAUCCGUGUCUGUGAUCAAGGUUUACUGAACUCCCACAGAGAUGUCCUGCCAGCAAAGCCAGCAGCAGUGCCAGGCCCCUAAGUGCCCACCCAAGGGCCCACCUAAAUGUCAAACCCCUAAAUGCCCACCAAAGUGCCCUCCCAAGUGCCCUCCCCAGGCUCCAUGCCCUCCUCCAGUCUCUUCCUGCUGUGGUUCUAGCUCAGGAGGAUGCUGUAGCUCUGGGGGAUGCUGUGGCUCCAGCUCUGGAGGAUGCUGCAGCUCUGGCUCUGGGGGUGGCUGCUGCCUCUUCUCCCAUCACAGGAGAUCCCACAGGCGCAGGCACCAGAGGUCUGACUGCUGUGACAGUGGCAGUGGGCGCAGCCAGCAGUCUGGAGGCUGCUGUGGAAGCUCUGGGGGCUGCUGUGGAAGCUCUGGGGGUUGUUGCUGAUCUGGUGUCCCACCCAAGAAGAGAAGAAGAGGCAAUGCAUCAGCUCUGCUCCUUUUUCUCUUUACUCAGCUUCUUCUUUCUUCUCAAAUUGAACAGUUCAGAUGUUCUUCAGGGAUGGAGAGAAUCAAGGUCUAUCACUCUUUUUUUAUCUCAAACUCCCAAUAUUCAAACCACUCUCCUCCUCCUCAUUUAUCCUAAGCAACAAUAAAGUCAUUGUUUUUCUGGUAAUGGCUGUCUCUUA